UAUUAAAGGUCCACAUUGUGUAGAAUGGAGGUGUGUCCUGUGUGGUUGGCGAUUCUCUUCUUCAUAGCAUCGGUUCAGAUUGUCAACACAUCAGUAAACACCAGUCUUGAUUCGAAAGUCAAAACAAGUCAAAGUUCAGAUACUGAUGUUGCUUACACAAGUGACGAGGUAGUAGAUAACUGUACUACCCAGAAGCUCGACAGUGCUUGUUGCUCACAUACAAACAGUAAUCCUACACCAAAUGAAGCUUGGUGGCAAAUUGACCUGGGUGAUCAAGUCGUCAUCGAAUACAUCCAGAUAUAUUACAGAGAUGAGGGACCAUUUCAGACAGCUCGAUUCGCUGGUUAUCAGAUAUACCUGUCAAAUACAACAGGUUGGAGAAACAGUGACAGCUGUUAUAACGACGCAACUUCUACACAAUGUAUGGUUGACCUAACUCCACGAAUCACAACAUGUACAGGCAACAACCGAUACCUGACAAUUUACGUCGACCGUCAAACGAAAAGUAACAAUUGGUACUCUACACAAGCUAUACUGGAGCUAUGUGAAGUACAGGUUUAUGGUUGUCCAGUACGAAAAUAUGGCAUCAGUAACUGUGAUAGCAACUGUGAUACAACCUGUGUUAAUAGCCUGUGUCAUCCUAACAGCGGUCAGUGUACAUACUGUGCGCCAGGAUUUUAUAAGUCUGGGCUUGUCUGUACAGCAUGUCCAACAAAAUGUUUAAAUGACUUGUGUAACGUGGAGUCUGGUGUUUGUUCAGCUUGCGCCAAUGGGUACCAUGGCAGCCAGUGUGACCAGUCAUGUUCUAAUAACUGUCAAGACAAAAUUUGUGACCAAUAUAGCAGUGUGUGUACAGGCUGUGUAGACCGUUUCUUCGGUCCUCUUUGUGUCGCCUGCUCCCCGAACUGUGUCGAUCCGGUCUGCGACAAAUCGUCUGGAAACUGCAUUCAAUGCCUAGCCGGAUAUCACGGUAGUACCUGUACUCAGACGUGUCCUACCAAUUGUAAAGACAACAUUUGUAUCCAAGAUAACAGGUUUUGUAUAGGAUGUGAACAAGAAUUUCACGGAAGCACGUGCCAACAAAGAUGUCCCAUCGCAUGUAAAGACAACACGUGUAGUCAGUUCAGUGGACAAUGUGAAGGAUACACAUACUUUAUUUUCACGAUCGUUCACUUUCGUGGUAAAAAGUAG